AUGAGCGGCAGAGAAGUGAAGGAGUACCUGUCUCAGCAUCACCUCCCUCAGCUGCUGGAGAGUUUGUUAACAGGUCUCCUGUAUCAUCAUCCUGAGGACCCCGUCAGCUUCCUGCAGAGCUGCCUGAUCACAACCACACAGGUGGGGGGUCCUGAGGCUGUCACCUGGGACACCUUCAUCCACCCCGAGAGACACCAGCUGAACCCCGGACAGCCCAGAACAACAACAUCAAUGCCUCCCAAAGCAACACCUCUACCCUCCACCAUACCUCCUAUGAUACCAUUAGUACUUCCAAUAGAACCCCACAUACCCCAAACAAGAACCCCAUUACCCCUCAAAACAACACCUAUACCACCUAUAAAACCAAAAACAACACCCCCAAUGCCCAAAAUACCCCCAACAAUGGCCCCUAAACCCCCCAAAAUGACACCUAUACCACCUAUAAAACUCCAAACAACAACCCCCAUACCCAAAAUACCCCAAACAACAACCCAUAUACCCGAAAUAUCCCAAACAACGGCCCCUAAACCCGAAAUACCCCAAACAACAGUCCCUAUGCCCGAAAUAACCCAAACAACAGCCCCUAUUCCAGAAAUACCCCAAACAACGGCCCCUAAACCCCCCAAAAUGACACCUAUACCACCUAUAAAACUCCAAACAACAACCCCUGUACCCAAAAUACCCCAAACAACAGCCCCUAUACCCCCCAAAACACCACCUAUACCACCUAUAAAACCGCAAACAACAACCCCUAUACCAGAAAUACCCGAAACAACUGUCCCUAUACCCCCCAAAACAUCACCUCCUACCCUUUGGAUAACAACCCCAAAAUCCGUAGUUUCCUCCAUCAACAAUGAAAUACUAUCUGGACUCCCCAAAACAGCUCCUGAGCUCAAACCCCUUCCUCCAGCUCCACCUGUACCUGCCAUGAUCCCACCUGUCCACACUGAGAGGAAGGAACAGCGAGACACAAAGACAUCCAGGACAGAAGGUCUUCCUCCAUCUCCAGCCUGGUCUCAGCUCUCCAUUGACUCGGAUUCUGACAUGACGGAAAGUUCUGGACUCCUGCAGGAAGUCAGAAUCCAUCCUCCUCAGAGGCCAGGCCCUCUCAUCAUCUUCAUCAUUGGAGGUCCCGGAAGUGGGAAGGGAAGUCAGGCGGCUAGGCUAGCUCGUUGCUACAGCCUCAGAGUCGUCUCAUUGGAUGAGCUGCUAAGGAAGCAACUGCUAAGCCACACCUCCCCCAGCAAGAAGUGGAAGGUUAUUUCAGAAAUGAUGGGUCAUGGAGCGCUGGGACCACAGGAGGAGAUGACCUCAGAGUUGAGGCGACAGCUGAUUGGUCAGCAGGUCAGAGGCUUCAUUGUGGAUGGGUUCCCUCGAGACAUCCACCAGGCUCUCAGCUUCCAGGAACAGCUUGGCUCUCCUGACCUGGUGAUGCUGCUUCUCUGCUCCAAUGAGACGCUGGGCUGCCGCCUGCAGCGACGAGCCACACGGCUCGGUCUUCUAGGCGACAAUAGCCACGCCCUGCGGAGACACCUAGAGACGUUUCAGAGAGACAUCGUCUCCAUCAGCAGAUACUACAGACAGCUACAACUGCUGACAGAGGUGGACGCAGACAGAGAUGAGGAGGUGGUGUUUGCUGAUCUGAGUUCAGUCAUCAGAGAGAAACUGCUUCUAAAGAACUCACCAGAUCCUGCUGAUAUCCCAGAAUGCAGCUGUGCAGUCCCUGCUGUCUCCUGUAACAUUGCCUCCGUCAAUCAAUAA